CUGCUCUGCUCCAGACAACACUACCCAACAGAACCUACAACGACUGUCUACGGACUUCACUGGACAGCCUACAAACUACAGAUCAUAGCUGAAGAACUACAGACCCGAGAUGCGACAAGUGGAACCACAGACCUCAGCAGAGACUUCGUGAUCCAGUCUCGGUCUCCAGCAGUUAUGGAUCACAGCAAAAGGGGUGACAACUCACUAUUCAUGGAGACAUUCCUCUGACUGAAGACAAGCACCUGCAGAAUGUGUGUGCAGACCUCAGCAUAGAAGUUACAUUCUUACGCCAACUGGAUUUUGUCAACAACCUACAGUCUUCAUUUAUUUAAUAUUUAACCUUCAAAUUCUGCAGAGGACAUCCUACAACAAAUGCAUUCAAGAUAAGCCUGCUGUUUAUAAUCCUCCUCUUACUACUACAUUUAUAAUCCUACUACCACUACUAUUACUACUUCUGUCCCCUUUAACCUACAGCUUACAUUCUUGACCCUAUAGUGACUUUGUCUUUGAGUUUUGUUUUACAUUUACUUACAACUUGAUAUGCUUGUUCAUACCACCAUAACUUAUUAAUUUAUGUCUGAAAACAAAUUAGGCCUACUCUCUACAAAGAGCAGUGUGUAACAGUCAGCUCAGUCUACUGUCUCCAGCCUUCUUCAACAUCCAGAAAAAUCUAAAUAUGCCCUAAACCCUACGACCUACAGGACUACACCUAGAGCUGCAUCCUCCUACAACCCUGACCUCCAUCAUCCCUUGCCCCCCAGCCUCCCCUGGAACGGAGCAUGAUGGUGAACAGAUAACCGCACAGCUGGACGUCCUCACGACAUGGGUGCCUGCCUCUGCACAGGUCACAAAGAUCUGCAGCAGCCCAUGACUGUACUAUGGGCCCAGACGGAGGAGGGACAGCCUUCCUCUGACAAGGAAGUCCAGAAUCCAUCCAAUGGCAGCGUGACUGACAAGAGCAGUCGUUACGACAUUGGAGAGUUGGCUACUUCCUCACUCAUGGGUCUGGUGGCCACAAUAAAGGAUCACAUCACCAAGCCCACAGCCAUGGCCCAGGGCAGAGUGGCUCACCUGAUUGAAUGGAAAGGAUGGGGUGUAGGCGAGGGGGGUUCUGGGGGAUGGAGCGGAGCUGGGUGGGGAAGAGGGGGAGCUGGAUGGGGGGGCAUGGAGGCUGAGCUGCAGGAGGACGCACACUUCUAUUCUCAGAUGACGGACGAGAUUAAAGAGGCUCGCUUCGCUGCAGGUGUGGCAGAGCAGUUUGCACUCGCUGAAGCUGCUAUGAAUGUGUGGUCUAUGGGUGACAGCCUUGAGCGACCCUCCACCAGUUUACAAGUGCCCCACAAUCACCUGCUGUCCCAAUUCCUCUUGGACGGGGGGAGCAUGGGUGUCCCUCACCACCUCUACAGCCUGCAAUCUCAGAUGUACACAGAGCCAGGCAUGGAACCCACCCAGGAUGAUUCUGUGUCGCCCACCACCAGCAGCACCAAGCCACAGACAGAGGUGCAGGUGGAGCCUCGGGGCCCCCUCACAGUAGAGGCCAGUGUCCGACAUGUGGACAGCAGUUCUUUGUCGGAGGACGAUGUCUUUUAUAACUGAAUUCUGCAUCACAAAGCUGCCAUUACUAUGAUCACAGAAUGUACAUGUACUUAAAGGUGUGUAACUUUUCCAGUGGUGGAUAUGUUACCUCCCUGUACUUAACUUAUCUAUCUCAAUCUAUGUAUAUAUCAAAAAUACUUCUAAAAACAUGAUUUACUGCAAGUGGGCUCGCCUCUCUACAGAUCUGAUCUGUAACUUGCCUUGUCUCAAUGUGAACAGAUAACUUAAAUGCCAUACUGUGGGAAAUUCUAGGCAAAGUAUAACAUGGACCUCUAUGGACACAGGCAGGUGCCAUAUGUUCCAUCUGAAAAGUUAUGCAGUGCACCUUUACAAAGCUUAAUUGUUCAUUGACGAAGUCAACAGCACACAAAUAUUUGAUCAGGAACUGGCUCAGGUGUGAAGACAGUCUGGACAAUGACGGCUCAGUGGACUUGUAUGAGGACUGCAAAGGAUCAAUGCGCUGAAUGUUUUUCCUAUGGGGUCAAGUGACUCCAUGGAGCUGAUUUCUGUCUGGAUAGAUGUGUAUUCCACAAAACACAUCUUUCUUGAUUACCUUAUGAAUGUUAUUCACAAUCGAGCCUCUUGUUGUGAGUCCGACUAUAAACAUUUCUUGGGCAGACAUGGUUUACAUCCAUGCUUUUGUAAUGUGACUUCAUAAUUAAUUUUAUAUCUCUGCGCCUUUCUUGACACACAGUGGCAAAGGAUCAAAAAACAAGAAUACUUCAAGUAAAACGAUACUGAACAAUUUUGUUGUGUGUAUGGCCAUUUUGACUUUUUUGAUCAACAAACAUGCGACAAGGUACAAGUCAGGCUCUUGUGUUACUGUAAUGCUGUGGGCAAAAGUGGGAUCAUCAUGGAUACAAGUCCCAACCCAAGACUGAAUCAAGAGCUACCAUUACAGUUAACUCAAAACAACCCACUGUAAAAAAAUUGUGAUAACUUAAACAUCAUAUCUUACGCAAAUUUGACUCUUUGGAGCUUAAAGCUGUGUUAGAAUGCUGUUACCUCAUCAAAACAUACCCAGAGUUGUGCUUUGUUACAGUAACUCAGGUCUGAAUAAUCGUUUAUUAUAAGUCUGUCUAAUCUCCAAAGCUAGUUAGCAGUCACCAUUUACCUUUUGUUCAGUAGAGAUUGGCAAGUCCAGGACUAAAAUCAUCCAAAUGAUUGCAGUGAAGGUGUAUGGAGUUUAAAACACAGUGGAGCACUUACUGUAUUACCAGGGUGGAACACCUUGUGUUUUCUGCUUGAGAGAAGAACCUAAAUGUGUAUGAAUGAAACAUAAAACAACUCUGACUCUGUUUUUGAUGAGGAAAUAUUAUAACAGAUCAGAAUAAAUCAGAAUAUGAAUAAAUCAGAAUAUGAAUCUUUUAGGCUUGUUGGACAAUCUGUGACUGACAUAAGAGAAGACAGAUAAGGUCCAGACUAUGGAUACCUGGCAUGUGUCAAAACUGUUUCCUCAAAAGCCCCAAAUUCCUUUGAUGCCCUUCUUGCAAAUUCAUAAGUUUGUCUGUAAUGUUUUGGAUAUAACAGAAAUGAAGGUAGUUCUCAGACUGGCUCUGUUUAGAAAUAAGCAAGACAUUAUUACCAUAUGGUGACUCUUCAUAUUGAUUGGGCUGAAUUUGUUUGCUUCACUCAGUCUUCAUAAUGGGAAUAAAAAACCAAAGCAUAAAAAAUACCUCUUCUCGGGGUGCUUGGGCUGUUGUCUUUGACCACUGCAGCCUGAGGGAUCCACUUAAUCAUUUUGCAAAAUUAAAACCAUGUUACUCUAGGGGGUACAAAUGGGAUUCAGUGGGGGAGAGAUUUAGUUUAAAGUGAUCCAAAAUCUGU